UUUUCUUCUUAUUAUCGCAUCUCGAGUGUCGUUAGUUUCUUUCUAUUUCAGCGAACUUUGGCUUUUGGCGAACAGUUCCUAAUGUAAAAGUGCCUUCUCGGCACAUCGACCUGCAUCGAAAAAUACGCUUACGUUGGUAUACGAGUUUGCUGCCAACACGAAGAACGAACUUAUAUACGUGCACGCAUAGAAGCAUCGAGUAAGAUCGAUUUUGUCGAGUAGGACGAGAAUAGAAUGGUCGCGCAUUUGAUAGCAACGCAUACUAUACCAUAGAACACGAAACCUUUACCAUUUUCGUACUCCCUAUGCUUAACUCAUUUCAUCCGAGUGCAAACAAAUCCAACAAAUGACAAAAUCUUUUUUAUUUACUUUUAUCGUUGCCAAUGUAAAAAGAGGACAAUAUUUUUGGAAGGAAACAUAACUCUCGAAACGAAUAUCGAUUUAUAUCGAUACAUAAUUCUUACGCUGCGAGAUUUAAGAUUUACGUAGAUUACGAAAACAAGAAGGGAAACAUGAUACUGUCUCCAUUAGAAUUUCUCUUUAUUUCUAUUUAUUCGUACGAGAAUUUUCCAAGAUUUUUAUUUGCGAUAAGAUUUACGGCUAUACUUCUACAGUACGACGAAAAAUAAUAGCAUGAAUCUUCUCGAAAAUGCGCGGCGCAUCAUUUAAGAAUAUAUAUUCCUUUGGCAGACUCCGUCCGUCUCGUUUCCUUCCCCCCGUCGAUAGGUUUCGACCAAUUCGACGUUGGUAUACAAAUACUUUGCCGGCCGGCUCGCCGUAUAAAUGAAGUGGAAAGAACGGUGCGGCAGGCAGUUACUAGCGGUCGCUCGAAAGAAAUAAAGAAAGUGACCCACAGAAAAAAGACUUUGUUUAAAAGCUAAGAAUCAAAUUUGGUGCAUCUUUGAAAAAGCAAAUAUACGAUGUCUCUGGUACCAUUAAUUUUCUCCGAUUGGUGGGAGGAUUUGGAUCGUCCUCAUCGUCUCUUCGAUCAAAAUUUUGGACUCGGACUUUAUCCCGAACAGCUAAUUAGUCCAAUUCCCUUGGAACAAUUAUAUCUAAUGCCAAGUCGAGAUAGGAAACUAAGAAAUCCUUUAUUAUAUUAUAGACCAUGGGGUGAAUUGUUGCGUAAAAAUGAGAAGGACGGUACGUCGACGGUAAAGGCUGACAAAGAUAAGUUCCAAGUGAUUUUGGACGUACAACAGUUCAAACCCGAAGAAAUAAACACUAAGAUCGUCGACAAAUGCGUCGUCGUCGAAGCCAAGCACGAUGAGAAACAGGACGAACACGGUUGGAUUUCGAGACAAUUUACUAGGAAAUAUUUGAUCCCUGAGCAAUGCGACAUAGAUCAAGUAUCCUGUAGUUUAUCGUCCGACGGUAUCCUGAGUAUCUCCGCACCGAGAAAGAAUAAGAUGUUAAAAGAGCAGACCGAACGUUCGAUAAAGAUUGAACAAACUGGAAAGCCGGUUCUUCGAGAGAAAGAAACAGAAAAGAAAAAAGAGAAGGAAGAGAUAAAGAAGGAAGAGAUGAAGAAGGAAGAGCCAAAGAAGGAAGAGCCAAAGAAGGAAGAGCCAAAGAAAGAAGAGCCAAAGAAAGAAGACGUCAUCUUGACACUUUCGACGGUACUGCCACCUAGCCAAGUUCAUUUCCCCGGAACUAACUGA